AUGCCUGAGUCAACUGCAGAAGGCGAAGAAUGCAGCAACAAAGGCACGACUACCAAAGCUCCUCGCAAGCGCACCUUCCUGCUGACGAUGACCAAGUACAACUCCGGCCUCGCCACCCCACCCGGCGUCGCUGCUGCUGUCUUCGCCAACAAUGUUGCCAUGCUUUCUUAUGCCCCAUGUUGUGAUGACGAGGUCGCGCUGAACAGCGGCGGCUUUGGACCGCUGGCAGACAUGCCUGUGUUUCGCCGUACAUCAACUUCGUCUAACACCCCAUCCACCGGCAGCAGCAUUGCCAGCAGUACUAGCAGCAGCAGUAGCAGCUCCUACCGCCCCCUGCCCCGUUCCAAGGUGAUGCACGUGGCCUGCAAGGGCAGCACCCUGGUGGUGCCCCUGACGGGGGCCGGUGGUGACAAGGCUGUCGUACCACCAAAAGGCCUGACGGGACCCUGGCAGCGCGCUAAGAUUGUGGAUGCGCCCAUCGUACUCUCCGGUAACGAGAUUGCCGUACUGAAUCUGCCGCAGUACCGUGUACGGGAGAGCAUGCUGGUCUAA